UAUAUUUUAUAUUUUCUAUUUUUUUUUUUAAGUAUUUUCAAUAUUUUGGAUCGACUGUUUACAAUGCCUCACAUUGUGAUGCCGCUACGCUCGAACCUUAUUAUGCAAAUGCUGCUGGAUGGAAAUGUGUAUGUUGCCUGCACUUGGUUCUUUAGCUAUAUGCUCUACAUGGUCGUCUACCAAUGGCAUCGUUUGAAUCUGAACGUGAUGUUGGUCUAUUUGCUGACUGCGCUUAUCGAGACCUUUCGCAUUUACAUCGGCUACGUUCUCAAUCUGAGCCCUCGCGGGCCACGCUCCAAGCUAUUGCUUUUCUCCACACUGGCAGCCUGCUUGCCUUUGAUGUGCGCCAGCUGGUAUCUGCAUGGCGAUCAGAAUGUCUGGCUGUGCGUCACCUACAAUCUGUGGACCGUCUUCAUAGUGGUCGAGCUGAUUGCCGGUGUUGGCAUACUUUGGAAUAAGCUAAUGCAGCUCGAACAGCUGCCCAACUGGCCAGCCAUGGAGGUCAAUCUGAAUCGUUUACAGUGUUCGCCUUGCAAAGUUUAUAAGUUGUGAAUGGUUAAAUGUAGUUCUUGAUAAUUGUUUAAUAAAAAAGAGGGGGUAUAAAAAGUAGUCAAUGAGAGAG